AGCGCGGUGCAGCUUUUUUAAAGGAAAAAGAUGAUGAGCUGUUUUUUGCAAUCACCAGGUCGCUUCGAGCACAGCCAAAUUUUCUGCCUUCCCGUGCUGACUUGCUGCGGUUUUUACGACAAAGACCGGACGAAAAAAUACCCAUUCCGCUUGCUAACUAUGAGCAGUCUUUUACAGGACAAUGUUCUCCUGACUUUCUUGACGAAUUUUUUGUCAAAUCAGACACAUAUUGUGCAAGGUUCUGGAGUGCUUACCUUAAUCAAAUUGCUGAACCACCAGCAUAUGCUACAACAGAAGAUUCAUUCCAUUCAUUUUGGGACAGUUUAAUAGUCUUGCCAAUCAGACUUGGUUGCCCUGAACUACAGUGGAACAGAAACAGUAGUAAUCACACCUCUACCAAGAACCUAAGGCCUGAUGUGUCAUGUUUAGUCAAGUAUGCAUGCCUUGCAAGAGGUGAAGAAAAGGGACCAGGAAAUACUGCUGAUCCAGCUGCAGAGCUAACAGACAAACUACAAUGGAUGUAUGUGAUGAAACACUAUGAUUCCAGUGAGGUGGUCAAAAAUCUUUGGAAUCUUUAUCAGCAGAUGGAAGGGCAAGUGCCUUUCAUUGAUCAUGUAAUCAGUGUUCAGUCUCACAAACUAUUGUUUGAACCAAAGGGUCAAAAAUGCAUGCCCUCUUCCAUUAAAGAGUUAAUUGAAGCAUUGGUCUGUGUUUUGUCAGCUUUGAAGGCCCUUCAUAGCAUGUAUUUAAUGCAUCGUGAUGUACAAUGGGAAAAUGUAAUGAAGCAUACAGAUUGCCAGGAAUGGUUUCUUAUUAAUUUUGAUGAUGCCUGCCAAUCUCCUUCAGCUACUGCAUACACAAAAAUGACUGUACAUAAUCAUGCACCUGAGAUGCAAUUAGGUUCUCAUGACAAGAGUGUUGACAUGUGGUCAGUAGGCUAUUUGAUUACAUCAAUUAGAAGCAGAGAUUCUGAACUUGAUAAGUAUGCUAGAAUAUUAAUGCAUGAUAAUCCUCAAGGAAGACCAACUGCUGAGGAAGCACUACAAUGGCUUUCAUCAUAUACUAGUUAA